AUGACCGAUCUCCUGAGCGUGCUCCCGCACUUUCCAGUCGGGCAGUUCGCGCGCCUGAUCCCGGCGCUCGAGAAGCAUGGGAUCUCUACCAGCGACCUCUUGACCCUUGAGGCAGCCGAUAUUGGGAAGCGCACCCACCUGCCCUUACUCGACGUCAGGCGGCUGAGCGGCGCCGUUCUCGAUGCGCUCCAUGCCGACCUCGGGGUCGCGACCCCGGCUCCUGGCGCACGUUCCCAGCAGCAGCGGGCCAAGUCCGCGUCCGAGUCCGAAGCGGGUCCCGAGUCGGAUGACCCGGCGGGCCACGGCGACCGGGCCGCUCCGGAGCACGCGGAGGCACCAGGGGCGGCCAGCGCCGGCUCCACUAGCAGCACAAGCAGCACCAGCGCCUUGAAGAACACAGCCGCCUCUCUCGCCGCCCAUUCUCCACAAGAAGACCCUCCUCCACCACCACCACCAGCGCUUUUAGUCCCCCCACCAGACGACGACCCCUCUCAGACCGCCCCCCACCCCUCCCACCCAGCCCUCCUCCUCGACCACCAACAACGCUGGUUCACAGGCUGGGGCGACGACCCCUCCCUCUCUCCCUCGUCCCCUUCCUACUCCAUCGGGGUGCCACCAGCGCUGAAGACGCCCUCGCUCGGCCUGGUGUGGACGACACAGCUUGCGGUGCGCAUCGCGCUGCUCAGGACCGCGGCAGGGGCAGGGGCGGGGUUGGGGUUGAGAAGGCGGCGGUGGAUGAAGGUUGUGUUUGCGGCGCAUGCGCGGGCGAGUGGUGUCGGCUGCUUGGCGAGGGCGGAGGAGGAGGAGGAGGAUCGGACGGCGGAGGACUGCGCUCACGGAGAGGGAGCCGGUGAAGGAGAGGGUGUGGGUGUGGGUGUGGAUAGUAGGGCAGGGCCUGUUGAGUUUGAGGUUUGGAUGGGCGGGGUGAGGGCUGUUGGUGCCCGGGACGAGGAUGAGCGGGGCGGAGGAGGAUGA